ACACAUACUGCAUUAUAUCGCUCAUUCAGUUACAAUAAAGAACACUUUUGUUCCGACGACUCCUCAAAGUACUUCCACGUAACGAGAGAUGGCGCUUUGGUUUUGGCCAGUAGCAUACGGACCGGGCUUACCUGUUAAUAUGGACCAGUGCGACUGCAAACCAGACAGCGAUUGUACCGCAACCUACUGUGGAGAUGGUAGCACUGGUCUGUGGUUGGACUUCAACAGUGUUUUGACAGGAGCUCUCACUGUGGUGGGCUAUCUCCUCUACAGAUUCUCACAGGCCCUCCCAGCUCUGAUAAGAUGGCCCAUCCAUCUCUUCUGCACACUCAUUGGUCUGUCCUCACUGUGGGGUUGGGUGAGCCACCUGAUGGGAACUCUUCGUAGCUUACAGUACUUACUGAAGUGGCUGUCGCGUAUUUGGAGGUUUAUAGUUGCUUCAUUCUCAAAACUCAGCGGGUUCACUGUUAUCAUUCAAAACAACUCUGGGGCUUCUAGUGACAGUCCCCCAGGCACAGAGCCCUUUCCCAGCCCUAUCUCCAUAGAGCCUGGGCUGAGGCUCAUCCUUAUGGGGCCUCCCGGUGGAGGUCGGACCUCCCUUGCAGACGCCCUGGUUGGCUGCAGGCUCCCUCAGGUUGGGGGGUCCCUGGGGGCUGUGAUGGAGUGUACUAAGCGGAGGGUGGUGGUGGACAGGAGAGAGCUGAUCAUAAUAGACACCCCAGACCUCCUGGGUCCAUCUCUGGGUGACAGUAAGAGAGAAUACGGCAGACAGAGUGGGAGGGUCGUCACACAUAAAACAAAAGGAAGGUGGUUGGGUAGGUGUAUAACAUGAACAUCUAGCAACUCAAAGGUUGUGUGUUCAAAACUCAUCAUGGAUCUCUUCAGCAUUUUAGCUAAUUACCAACUUUGCAACUACUUACUACUUUUUAGCUACUUUGCAACUACUUAGCAUGUUAGCUAACCAUUCCCCUAACCA